AGUAUGGGCCUCGUCCUCUUCAGUGUUGGCUUGUGUGUGUGAGAUGGAUCCCGAGAGUUGGUAGUAUCUUUACUGGUUAAAAAAAAAAGAAGGGCCGGUUUUUGUGAAUAUUUUUCCCUCCCCUUUAGAAAAAAUCUAAUUUACCUUUUGAUCCACUCCACAUACAACAGCAUUGAUGGUAAUGUAUGCAAGGAAACAACCGAGACUCAAUGAUGGGUGUCACGACAGGAGGGAAUCCCAGCCCUAUCAGACUCUUAAGUACCCAUCAAAGAGUCACACCAGUAGCAGCGAUCAUCGUCAUGACAAAUCCAGAGAAUCAGGAGAUCCAUCACCACCCUGCAAAAUGCUGCGACGUUCUAACAGCCCUGAAAAUAAACAUAGUGAUAGUACAGGACAUAAGAGUAAAACUGUGCACUCACAUCGAGCCAGAGAGCGAGACGGGACCAGCUAUUCUCCACAGGAGAAUUCACAUAAUAACAGUACCCACCAUAGCUCAAAUUCACAUUCUUCUAAUCCUAGUAACAAUCCAAGUAAAACUUCAGAUGCACCUUUUGAACCAGCUGAUGACUGGUCAGAGCACAUCAGCUCUUCAGGAAAAAAAUACUACUACAACUGCAGGACAGAAGUUUCUCAGUGGGAGAAACCCAAAGAGUGGAUUGAAAGAGAACAGAGGCAAAAAGAAGCAAGUAAAGUUGGGGUUGUUAACAGCUUCCCAAGAGAUCGAGAUUACAGAAGGGAAACCUUACAAGCAACUGCUGGCAGUGGGUUUACAAGUGGAAUGGAAGACAAGCAUUCCAGCGGUGCCGGUAGUAUGCUCUCCCAGAAUAUUUUGUCCCAGACAAACAGACACAAUGACAGAGACUACAGACUGCCCAGAACAGAGACUCCUGGUGGAGCUGCCCCAGUGCAGCACCCCGUCAAACCAGUGGUUCUCCCAACUACAAACCCAAGCACUGUUCCUUCUAGUCCUUUUAGUCUACAGCCUGAGCAUCAGCCAAAGAAAUCCUUUGAUGCUAAUGGAGCAGCUACUGUACCGAAAGUGCCUACACCCACACCUUCCAUCCCCAUUCAGAAGACAGAGAAGAAAGAAACUGCUUCAGUGGACAAGUCAGCAUCUCAGUCUUGUGCUACUCCGUCGUCAUCGUCCUCAGGAAUGACUCCUGCUUCUCAGACCCCAUCAGCCACCACAUCAACAGUCCCAGUUUCACCUGUUCCUCAGUCACCUAUCCCCCCUCUACUACAGGAUCCAAAUCUUUUGAGGCAAUUACUUCCCGCUUUACAAGCCACCUUACAGCUUAACAAUGCGAAUGUGGAUAUGUCAAAGAUAAAUGAAGUCCUUACAGCUGCUGUCACGCAAGCUUCCUUACAGUCUAUGCUUCAUAAGCUCCUCACGGCUGGACCAUCAGCUUUAAGCAUCACUACUCUCCUUUCCCAAGCUGCACAGUUGUCUUCUCAGGCCCAGCAGUCUAAUCAGUCACCAAUGUCAUUGGCAUCAGAUGCAUCAUCCCCAAGGUCAUAUGUGUCUCCCAGGAUAAGUACGCCGCAGACUAACACUGUUCCUCUUAAACCACUGAUGAGUACACCCCCAGUGUCAUCUCAACCAAAGUCCAGUACUUCAGUUGUGAAACAAGGACCAGCACAGCAGCAAGUAUCUCAGCAACCUGCAAUCGCUGACAAGCAUGGGCAUGAGCCUGGAUCCCCUCGUAAUGUUCAACGUUCAAGCAACCAGAGAAGUCCAUCGCCAAGUCCAAAUCACAUUGCAAGUAACAGUGCAUCUUCAGUACAGUCAGCCACGUCAGCACGUUCCUCGUGUUCGUUGACGCCGACACUCGCAGCGCACUUCAAUGAAAAUCUUAUAAAACAUGUUCAAGGUUGGCCUGCUGAUCAUGCGGAAAAGCAAGCAUCUCGACUGAGAGAAGAAGCACACAACAUGGGAAGCAUUCACAUAUCUGAAAUUUGUACUGAGCUUAAAAAUUUAAGGUCGUUGGUUCGAGUAUGUGAAAUCCAAGCAACUUUGCGUGAGCAAAGGAUACUGUUUUUGAGACAACAAAUUAAAGAACUUGAAAAACUGAAGAAUCAAAAUUCCUUUAUGGUGUGAGGACUUGUGAAGAAAUUGCACAUGGUUUAAAGCCAGGGACAGUAAACGUUUGCCCAGUCUUAAACUAAAAUUUGAGCUGCGUUUGAGAAGGCUUUGGACCGUGGGGCUGGGCAAAGGGGUGGAUUGGGAAGGGGGUAUGGAGGGUUCUGAUUCAGGGGAGGUAAGUGGUUGAUUUGUAAACCCUUGAAAUGUAGAUUUCUUGUAGAUGUAUCCUUCACGUUGUAAAUAUGUUUUGUAGAGUGAAGCCAUGGGAAGCCAUGUGUAUCAGAGCUUUGACAUCUGAACUAAUCAAUGCUGAGGUGGCUAAAUACCUAGCCUUUUACAUGUUAACUUGUCUGCAAACUAGCUUUGGUAAUUUUCAUCAUUCAGUGAUACGCAUUUCCUAGAAUCCUGGCACCAGCCAGUGUGCAUCACGGGCUGCAACAACUGGAACAGUUUGGUCAGUACACAAAUUAGCAUGGAGCACCUUCAGAUUCCACAGACCCAGUCAGGAGCAGCUCUGCAGACAGCUUUCUUCAUUGCAAGGCAAUUACAAUUUUUUUUCUUAAGACAUUGUGGUCAAGGCACUUGGGUUCACCAACUUUUCAUUCCUCUGUACAGCAGUUCAUAAGUGAUAUGCUGUUGUAUGGAAAAAAAAGUACAGGUUGUUGCAGUAGGUAAAGUACAAAUUGAUUUCUUGUAUACCUACCUAAUUGCUGUGUAUUUGCAUUUGUGCCCUGUUUUAAAACAAAAAAAAAUGGGAGCGGAGAAAGAUUGAUACAGGGCAUGUGUGUAUUUAUUAAGCGGCAGAAGCCACUCGAAGAAUAGUGACAGAAGCCCAAUGUUAUUUGCUAACAUUGUUGACGAUGGAAGAAAGCCGGUCAGUCAUGAAAAGAUGUAUGUAAAUAUAAUAAACUUUUGUUGUUUAAAGCACUGGGUACCCUUCUUUUUAUUCAGCUGAUGCAUAUAGGAAGCUGAACUGCUCUGGCAAACCUGAUUGGGAGUAAUCCUUGUUGGAUGCUUGUUUUUCUUUGUAUAGAACUCUAGCUUUCAAGAAGAGAUCAUUUUGUGCAAAUAUGAAUGACAGAAGAACUUUUUUUUUCUUUUUGUAAGUGAUUCAGUGACUAAAACAAGAACUUCAACAAGGGUUUUGGAUUCCUUGCCUGUAAUUGGCUUGUGCAAAGUCUUGGUUUACCUGUAUUGCUAUAAUGACACAUUUAAUUUGAAGGAUGUUUGUGUUGUAGCUAACUGUGCAAGUAAGGUGCUGACUGCUGUUCUUUUGCCAUCACAAUACGCUAGAUCUGUGUAAUUUGAGCACACAACCAUCAUUGGAAAAUGAUGGUGGAGCUCAGCUUUGUAUAUUGUUUCCUAAAGUAUAUAAAAAAAUAAAACUAUGCUACCACUG